AUGCACAGCUCAGCACCCACAGACACGACGCCGUUGCUCAGCAAUAAUACUACCAAUAAUGUUGACGACAAGAAAGGUGGUGUGCGACAACGGUUGUUGAAAAUGACUCCACUACAGAGCUUUAUCACACUCCUCUGUUUAGCAGCGACUGUCGCCUUAUGUGUUUUCUUGAUGCUUAAAUAUACUCUCCCCAGGGACUUGCCAGAUGAUCAGCGCAAGUGGAUCAAGUUCCCUCGAAAUGCAGAGGAUGUGCAACACUUGAGUAUUGUUCUUGAAGCCUACCUUGCUCAACACUACUAUCAAGUCCUUAUUUGCUUCGUCACUACCUACGUGUCUCUGCAAGCAUUUGCGGUUCCUGGAACUGUGAUGUUGUCAGUACUUGGUGGUGCACUGUUCAAGUUCUGGGUUGGCCUUGCUGCAGUCUUGUUUAGCUGCGGAUUCGGUGCGUUGUGCUGCUACACUAUCUCUUACUAUCUUGGCUAUCCCAUCGUGGAGAAGUAUCUCCGGGCUAGGAUGACAAAGCUUCAAGUCAAGAUUGAUGCCAAAAGAGAUCAACUCUUCUUUUACUUUGCUUUCCUGCGUGUUACGCCGUUCAUCCCCAACUGGUUUAUGAAUGUUGCUUCAUGCCACUUGGGAAUCCCUGUACUCGUCUUCUUUUUCGGAACCCUCGUUGGUGUUCUGCCCAACUCUCUAGUGACAGUACAGGCUGGAGCGACAUUGGCAGCAUUGGCUUCUCCCGAUGACUUUACGCUGUUCACGCCUCAAAACAUCAUUAUGACUGUCGUUAUCUGCAUCUGCUUACUCUUGCCGAUUAUCCUGCAUCGCCAUGCUGAUGAUCCUUUGGCAACCCCGAAAGCUGACUCUGAAGAACAGGAGGAUCCCCUUGCCAGAGUUUAA